AUGCCAAUCCCGAUAAUCUCGCGAGUAUGUGUUUGCGACCUGGUCAAUGUGAUAUUUGCAUUUUACCUUCUUCUGGGCGAACUUUUGCUGCGCAUUUUGCUGUCAUGGAUUCCCGAUUUUGUUUUGGCAUUUUUAUCAUUCGGUCCGAGCGACGCCGACAAAAAGACCAACCCUACCAACUUUGUUGAGUUUGUCGAAAGAUGCGAGGGGUAUGCGGCCGAAGAGCACCUGUGUCUCACCGAUGAUGGGUUCAUCUUGACGUUGCAUCGCAUUCGAAAAUCCGGAUUUUCGUCCAUAAUACCGGGGAACGAGCCCGCCACGUUUUCAAAGCCAUCUCCUAUUCUUCUAAUGCAUGGGUGCAUGAUGUCUUCGGACGUGUGGGUUUGCACUCCGCUCAAGUCGCUCUCCUAUGCCUUCAUCCUACUUGACAUGGGGUAUUGCGAUACCGAUUUUUACCGCCCACAUGUAGUUAUGACGUUUGGCUGGGAAACUUUCGGGGCAACAAAUACUCGUCCAAGCACCUGCGAUUGA